CUCGCGGCUGCACUUUGCGCCCCUUUCCUUUCUACGAAUCGAACGCAGUCAUGAUGUUUUCCUUCGAACUGGCAUGCAAAGCUGCGGACUUCGUUGAGAAAAUAGGUUUUGACAAUCAUCCGCAAACAGAUGUCAGUGCUACCAACGUCACUUCAUCUGUAAAAAGUCGACAUUUCACGCAGUUACGUCACGCGAUUCAUCAGUAAACAUCCUAACCACAACUCGUUCAUUUCUCUUAUAUUAACUCAUCCAUGAAGAUAUCGUCUGCUAAGCGACCAAUGACGUCACGGUGCACCAGCUGAAAGUUACUGAUGUAGCGGUAUCUUGCGAGACGUUGUAAUUUUUUCCCAGUGUAUUUACCCCCAAAAUUUUUUUACAACGAAGAACAUCAUGAACAUUACAAUACUAUACGGUAGUGAAACAGGCACUGCUCAAGAUGUAGCUGAACAAAUUUGGAAAAGUGCCAAAAGAAAAGGGAUGAAAAGUACUGUCUUUGCAAUGAAUGACUAUGAUAUUCAAAAUCUUAAUUCAGAAAACAUAAUAGUGUUUGUGGUUGCUACAACAGGCCAAGGAGAUCCUCCUAAUAAUAUGAGACAAUUUUGGAGACUAUUGUUACGAAAGAAUCUUCCAACAACAUUACUUAUUGAUUUAAAGUAUGGAAUAUUAGGCUUAGGUGAUAGCUCCUAUCAAAAAUUUAAUUUUGCAGCAAAAAAGUUGAAUAAAAGAUUGAUGCAAUUAGGUGCAAAAGAGCUGUUAUCAAUUGGAUUAGCAGAUGAUCAACAUGAUUUAGGAAUAGAUGCUGUUGUUGAUCCUUGGCUAGAACAACUGUGGAUGAAAGUUGCAAGUGCAUAUAAUAUUUCUACAACAGAUUUGAUUAGCAAUCAAAGUAAAAUCAUUGAAAGAUUUGAUAUUUCUGAGACAAACAGAAAUUCUAUGAAUAAGGAAUACUACUCAGAUUAUGAGAUUUAUAUGCAAGAAGUAUUUAUAAAUAAUGAAGUGAAAGUAGGCACAAUAACUGAGAAUACAAGAACUACUAUGAAAGAUCAUUUUCAAGAUGUCAGAUUAAUUAAAUUUAAAUCAGAUAAUAUUAAUUAUCAACCUGGAGAUAUAGUAUACGUUAGACCUAAGAAUUCUAAAAAACAAGUUGAAAGAUUUUUUGAUAUAUUAAAUGAUAACAAUGUACAAUUACAUCCAGAUAUGUUAAUUCAAGUAUCUGAAAAGGAAAUUAGAGUACCUAAUGUUCUAAAGCAGACUUUAACUUUACAUCAAAUUGUAGAACAAUAUUGGGAUUUAAACUUUAAACCACGGAGAUCUACAAUGCAAGUAUUAUCUUUUAUAAGUGAAAAUGAAUUGGAAAAGGAAAAGUUACAUGAAUUUACAACAGCAAGUGGCCAAGAAGAGCUAUAUAAUUACAUUAAUAGGCCAAGAAGAAAUAUUUUAGAGCUAUUAGCAGACUUUCCUCAUACUACUAGUCAAUUAAAUGUAAGACUAUUGUUUGAAAUUAUGUCUUCAAUAAAGCCCCGUGCUUUUAGUAUAGCUUCAAGUUUAAGGGUCCAUGGAAAUGAAAUUCAUCUCCUAGUGGCUGUAGUAAAAUAUAAAACAAAACUAUUAGAACCAAGGUAUGGAUUGUGUUCUAACUGGUUAGCAGAUUUAACAGAAGGAAACAAAAUAAUAUUUUGGAUACAAAAAGGAACAUUUAAAUUUGAAUAUAAUAAGCCAAUGAUAUUCAUUGGUCCUGGUACAGGGGUUGCUCCAUUUCGUUCAGUUUUAUUUGAUAAGUCUUCAUUGGAUGAUAAUUUAAGGGACUGUGUUCUCUUUUUUGGUUGUAGAAACAAAGAAAAAGAUUACCAUUGUAAAGAGGACUUUGAAUAUUUAACACAGAAAAAACAUUUAAACUUAUUUUGUGCAUUUUCCAGAGAUCAAGAAUGCAAAGUAUAUGUACAACAUCUCAUAAAUAACCAAAAACAGCUAUGUUGGGAAUUUCUUAAUAAAAAUGGUAUCAUUUAUCUAGCAGGUAAUUCCAAAAAUAUGCCAAAUUGUGUUCGUGAAGAAUUUGUUAAUUUAACCAAAGAAAUAACUGAAUCAAGUAAAGAAGAAGCAGAAAGUUUUAUUAAACAAUUAGAAAAUGAAAACCGAUAUCAA